UAGUGUCUUCAAUGUUUAUCUGUAAAACAGCCUUUUUAAACACUGAUUAAUUUUAUGGCAGAUCAGUUAGUGAGGUCAGUUCUGUUUGCUUUUGAUCUUAUUAAUGUCUGUUGGAAUUUGGAUUUUUUAAAGAAUGGCACCACCAAAACGUUUCAAAAAAGAUAAUGACAGAGGCAAAUGGAAAAAAAGGAAAGAAGAUCAUGAAGAAUGCGUGGAUGAUGAUUCUACUGAUGUUGUAGAAACAGAGGGUAUUCCAGACGCUGCCAAAACUGAUAUAGAAAAACAAGAUGAAACUGUAUUAGAAGAUGAAUUUGGUGCAAAAGAUUAUCGUUCGCAAAUGACACUGAAAGCCGAUUGUGAAUCUAGACCAUUAUGGGUAGCUCCAAAUGGACAUAUUUUUCUUGAAUCAUUUUCGCCUGUUUAUAAGCACGCCCAUGACUUUUUGAUAGCAAUAUCAGAACCCGUUUGUCGACCAGAACAUAUUCACGAAUAUAAAUUAACGGCAUAUUCUUUGUAUGCUGCUGUUAGUGUGGGUCUUCAAACUCAUGAUAUAAUAGAAUAUUUGAAAAGAUUAAGUAAAACGAGUAUACCUAAUGGUAUUAUAGAAUUUAUAAAAUUGUGUACAUUAUCAUAUGGGAAAGUAAAGCUUGUAUUAAAACGUAAUAAAUAUUUUGUGGAAUCACCAUUCCCAGAAGUAUUACAAACACUUCUGAAGGAUCCUGUUAUACAGCAAUGUAGAUUAAGAAAAAAUGUAGAUGAUUUAGAAAAGGAUGAAGUGACAACAAAUAUUCAAAAUAAAGUAAAGAAUAUAAAAUUUGGCGCAAAGCCAUUGCCAAGUGCUCAAGCAGUUACUGCUAAACAAACUGCUCCUGAAACUAAAGUUGAUCAAACGCCAUCAGAAACGGCUGCUAUACCAGAGGAUAUAACUACAUUUUAUGAAAAAAUUGAUAAAGAAGAUGAAGACGAAGAAGAAGAACAAGAAUUAAAAACUGUUAGUUUUGAAGUAAAUCAAGAAAAAAUUGAAGUUAUACAAAAGAGAUGUAUAGAAUUGGAAUAUCCGUUAUUGGCAGAAUAUGAUUUUCGCAAUGACAAUGUUAAUCCUGAUAUAAAUAUUGAUUUAAAACCAUCUGCAGUUUUGAGGCCUUAUCAAGAGAAAAGUUUACGUAAAAUGUUUGGCAAUGGACGUGCUAGAUCAGGUGUAAUAGUAUUACCAUGUGGCGCAGGAAAAAGUUUAGUCGGUGUAACAGCUUGUUGUACAGUACGAAAGCGUGCUUUGGUACUUUGUAAUUCUGGAGUAUCCGUAGAACAAUGGAAACAGCAAUUUAAAAUGUGGUCUACUGCUGAUGAUUCUAUGAUCUGUCGAUUUACUAGCGAAGCAAAAGAUAAGCCUAUGGGUUGUGGCAUUUUAAUUACUACAUAUUCUAUGAUAACACAUACGCAGAAACGUUCGUGGGAGGCCGAACAAACUAUGCGAUGGCUACAAGAACAGGAAUGGGGAAUUAUGGUUUUGGAUGAAGUACAUACAAUUCCUGCUAAGAUGUUUCGAAGAGUAUUAACAAUUGUACAGUCUCAUUGUAAAUUAGGAUUAACAGCUACAUUAUUGCGAGAGGAUGAUAAAAUUGCAGAUUUGAAUUUUUUAAUUGGCCCUAAAUUAUAUGAAGCCAAUUGGUUGGAACUACAAAAACGAGGAUUCAUUGCCAGAGUUCAGUGUGCUGAAGUAUGGUGUCCCAUGACACCUGAAUUUUAUAGGGAAUAUCUAGGAUGUAAAAUAAAUAGGAAAUUGUUAUUGUAUGUAAUGAAUCCAAAUAAGUUUAGAAGUUGUCAAUAUUUGAUUAGAUAUCAUGAAAGACGUGGCGAUAAAACAAUUGUCUUCUCAGACAAUGUAUUUGCAUUAAAACAUUAUGCUAUUAAAAUGAAUAAACCCUAUAUUUAUGGACCAACUAGUCAAAAUGAACGUAUACAGAUAUUGCAAAAUUUUAAAUUUAAUACAAAAGUAAACACGAUAUUUGUCAGUAAAGUAGCUGAUACUUCUUUUGACUUACCAGAAGCAAAUGUACUAAUUCAAAUUUCUUCACAUGGUGGUUCCCGACGUCAAGAAGCUCAACGUUUGGGACGUAUAUUGAGAGCUAAAAAAGGCGCAAUUGCAGAAGAAUAUAAUGCCUUCUUUUAUACAUUAGUAUCACAAGAUACUAUGGAAAUGAACUAUUCAAGAAAACGUCAAAGAUUUCUUGUUAAUCAAGGUUAUGCUUAUAAAGUUAUUACUAAGUUGGCAGGUAUGGACGAUGAGCCAGAUUUAAUGUAUAGCGUACGAGAAGAACAAGGUCAGUUGUUGCAACAAGUUCUUACAGCCAGUGAUAUGGAUGCAGAUGAGGAAAGAAUUCCUGGGGAAGGUGUACGAUCAGUUACAAUGAAAGCAGGAAAUAUGACAUCAUUAUCAGGAGCAGAUGAUGCUGUUUAUUAUGAAUAUAAAAAAGCACCAAGUUCUUCAACAGCUAAUAAACAUCCAUUAUUUAAAAAAUUCAGAACUUAAGAGCUUAUAAUAGAAUUUAGUAUUUUUAUUGUGUAUUGAUCCUACAACUGCAUAAUAAUAUCUUAUAUUUAUGAAUUCUAGAAAUUUUUAGGUAAAAAAGAAGCUGUAAAGCAUGUUGUAUUAUAUCAUUUAGGAUUUACAAUUUACAUGCGUAAUUUCAAAUAAAUCAAAUGUAAUUCUUAAAAGAUAUAGGAUUAAUAGACUAUAUUUUUCAUACAUAUUAAAAGUUCCUCUUUAUAU